AUUGACAAAAUCGUACAGAAAAAUAACAUGCCCUCGUCCGCAACACCAAUUUACACAAACGUCAAAAAUGGACAUAAUAAAAUUUUACUGCUCUAUCUAAUUUUUCCUGAAAAAUAAUCAUUCACAAAAAAACUGGUUUCGUCAUCCUUGCGCGAUUGAAAUCCUGUGUUAAAAAUACUGUUUUUGUGUUCAGUGUUAGUCAGUGUGGACAGUUAUGACCUGUUUUCAUUUAUGGUGUAAGGCUUAAAGGCAUCGAUACUUUGCUUACACUGAAGUGGUAGUCAAGUUUACUUCCUGUAGCUUUUAAAAAUAAUCUGAGCGGCGUGAUGCGAUAAUGCGUGUGCGCCGAUAGUCAACGCCCCCGACAUUGCUCUGACUACCGUGUAAGAUGGCGUCGGUAUGGAAGCGCCUGCAGCGCGUGAACAAGAGAGCGGCCAAGUUCCAGUACACCGCCUCCUACCAUCGCGUGGACCUCGAGACCUCGCCCAAAUGGAAACCGAAUAAAUUAAGCGUAGUAUGGACGAGAAGGUCUCGCCGAGUGAUCACCGAACCGUUAGAAUGGGAACCUUCCUUGAAAGAUCCUCUCAAAGGCUCAGUAAUCUACACGGUACCCGAGAACCGGACAGUCGCCGUCACUCUGUUCAAGGAUUCCCGUACUAACGAGUUGGAAGAUAAGGACUGGACCUUCGUGCUUGAGGAUGUAUCAAUAACAGGCAAGCGCCGUCGCCUAGCGGUCUGCUCCAUCAACAUGCGCAAGUACGCGAGCCUGGAGCCGUCGCAGCGGACACUAGUGCUGCCGCUAGAGCCGGUCACACAGAAGAUUGUCGCCGCCAGUGUGCAGCUCACGUUGCACUGUGUGUUGUUAAGGGAGGGACAGGCUACUGAUGAAGACAUGCAAUCCCUAGCAUCGUUAUUAUCAGUGAACAAUAAUUCUGAUAUCGCAGUACUAGAAGAUUUGGACGAAGACGACUAUACGUUGUCUGAUAAUUCUACUAGACAGAUGCUGGAUCUCCGACAGCAAAUGGAAGAGAUGACCCAAAGUCUAACAAACAGUGACAUAGCAGCCACCCCCAACAGUGUCCAAAGCUUAAACUUCGACAAUUCCCGAACUCCUACCGCCCCCAUCACCCCCGAUGAUACCAACCCCACCACGCCAACAACCCCAGUCCCUUCAGACCCCAUGCCUAAUGAUAACGACACUAAUUUUGACCCCCCACCUAAAACUAGGCCAGAAAUGCUAAGCCAUUUGACUAAGUUAGCAAUGUCUAAGCCAGAACCGAAAUUUUAUUCGACCCCCAAAAGUAAUAAUGUGGUGGAAAAUAAGGGGGAAUUGAAAGGGGUGGUUUUUAAACCAAGAACGGUUGCUAUGAGGAAUCUGAAACCUUUAGAGUUGAAGACUAAUUUUAAUUUGGAUAGGAAUGAGAAUGAGAAAGAUGAAGAUAGUGAUAAGACCCCGACGGCUGCCGAUAUGGAGAAACUGUUUCCCGGCAAGUUUGAUAAGGAUAAGACUCCGGUUCAAGACUUAUUAGAAUGGGUGCAAGGAGUAACGAAGGAGUACAAACAAGUCCGGGUCACCAACCUCACCACCAGUUUCCGGUCUGGCCUCGCUUUCUGCGCCAUUAUACACCGCUUCCGGCCUGAUCUCAUUGACUUCUCGGGUCUGCAACCUGACGAGGCGGAGCGCAAUCUCCGCGUGGCACUAGACGCCAGCUCCAAGCUCGGCAUCUCACAAGUUCUUACCGCCGCCGACGUCUGCUCCCGGCAGAUACCUGAUCGAUUAGCUAUAAUGACAUAUUUGUUCCAACUGAGGGCACAUUUCACUGGCAACGAAUUACAUGUAGAACAAUUAGGUAACGACGAGACCGAGUCUUCGUACCUGGUGGGUCGUCACGACACGGACGGCUCCAUUCCUCAGGAGCUGUUCAGCAGAGAGAUCAGCACCAGGCGAUCCAGGAACAUCAUGGACAGGCCCAGGCCCGGCUCCCAAGACUCACAAGAAUCCCGCAAUUCCCAAGACCGCUCAAGCCCGGACAAGCCCAGUUCCCCGGGAACAUUCAUGGCCCCGGGAGUCCGGGACAUGUUUCUUCAGCAAUCCAAGACUAUACUCGGCAAGAUGCUGUCUCCGGCGCGGGAUUUGAGGGCUGAGAAGCCUACUGCUAAGUGGUUCGCUGAUCCUUUGAAGGUUAAUGAGCCGCCCCCAGUCCGGCCUGAGAAGCUGAUGACUCGCAAGGAGUUGACAGACCCCUUCGGCUCUGAUGAUGAAGAGGAACAACAGGAACCGCCACCAGCUGUGCAGAAUAAUGGCAACACUGAUACAGUAAAACCCCAACCAGAACAAAAACCCCCCGAACCAAUUCCGGACCCCCUCUCACAACCAGACCCGGAACUCCGGGGAACCCCGAACUCGCAGCCGAAGCCCGUCACCCCGGAAUUACCCAAACCGACACCGCAAUUGUUAUCACGUCAUGAUGAGUUGAAAGAGAGAGCGAGGCAGUUGCUAGAAGCUACGAAAAGAGAGGCGAGAGAAAAAGAUAGAAAACUGAGACAGAAGGAGAAAGAAGAGAAAGAGAAUGGACUUAGGAAUGGAGAUGUUAGUCCUAAAAAGCCAAUGACUGAGGAAGAGAGACAGGCGAUGUUGAGGGAGAGAGCGAGAAAACUCAUUGCUGAUGCUAGAGCCGGUAUUGUUAGUCCUACAUCUCCGCUGUCGCCGUCCCGUAACUCCCGCACCGGGACUGUCGAGAUCAUCAGCAAGCAGUCUGUUAUGGACGAGAUUGUUGCAGCGGGUGGAGUGGAACAGCUAGACGCGCUGCUUGGCAGAACUGACUCCCUGCCUUCCACUCCUGGCUCCAGGAAGAGUUCCCUCAGUCCUGAUAGAUCUGAAGACCGUCACAGUGAAGACACAAAGAGUGUAAAAUCUCUCUCUCUGAGCGGCGAGAGGCGCUCACCACUACACUCGUUCAGUGCAUUCGUCGACUCGUUAGCGCCUGAACAUGAUAAUAAUGAUACUGAUGAGGGCAAAGAAACAGGCUCCUACAUACAAAGCGAACUAGAAGCUUUAGAAAAGGAGCAAUGUGCUAUCGACGAGAGAGCCGCCGCGCUCGAGAAGCAACUGCGCCGAGUCAUGGAGUGUGCUGACAAUACUGAGGAGGAAGAUAGACUGAUGUCUCAAUGGUUCAACCUGGUGAACAAAAAGAACGCGUUACUCAGAAGACAGAUGCAGCUUAAUAUUCUAGAGCAAGAAGAGGAUCUCAGUCGUCGUUGCGAGUUGUUAGCUCGGGAGCUUCGCCUGUCUCUGGGCGUGGACGAGUGGCGCAAGACGCCCGGACAGAAGCGACGGGAGCGGCUGCUCUUACAGGAGCUGUUAUCAGCGGUGAACGAGAGAGAUAGAUUAGUGCAGGAAAUGGAUGAACAGGAAAGAGCGAUAGCAGAUGACGAUGCGAUAGAGCGCAAUCUCUCGCAAGUUGAGAUUCAACGCAAAAACAACUGCAUCCUACAGUGAACACGCUGUGUUGACAUACAGGCUGUUCACUUUACGGCAACUCAUGAUUUUAUACAAGUGGAAUGAGAUUUUGAGUUUUCUUUUUGGUUUUGGUCGCCAUUUUGUAUUAUUUUCAGUGUGUUACUUAUGGCACGUGGGAACGACUUCGCGCACCCGGAUAAUGCUGUAGGCUUCUUUAAUAAAUGGGGUAUCUAAUACUAAAAGUUUUUUUAAUCGGUUCAUUAGUUCCUGAGUUUGAAGUUUUAAUUUUUUUAAGUGUUUUUUUUUAAUAAUCAUUAGGUAUUUCAGGCUUUUAUACCUAUAACAAUGUUAAGUUGGUCUGUUUUUGGUGUACUUUAACAAAGAUACGUUAAGAUCAUAACAUUUUAAUAAAAAAAUUGGUCGAAAGUGACAUUUACAUCGAAAAUAUAAAGUCAUGAAAUCACUAUUUUAAUAAUCCAUUAGUCCACUUGUAAAAAAUCAUGAAGCGUAUAAAACUAAUAUUUAUUUAUUAUCUACUAAUUAUUAUUUUUGUAAAUCAAAGUGCGAUGGUUUUCGCAAUAUACGUUCGCGUCCCAAAAAUCCCGUAAUUUAAGGCAAUUCGGGUAAAAGUAUAAUUUUUAUUUUUUAUUAUGGAAACACAAGACUUGUUCAAUUAACUGUUUUACUACUUUAUAAGCUUAUUUGCUAAAUAAUAUCAUUUAUAAAAGUUUUUUCUCACGAAAGCGGGUGAUCCACACUUGUGUGUGUAAAGGUAUAUGCAUAUUGUCUUUGUGUGAGUCGGUGACUCGACCAAUAGUGAAAGCUCUUGAGCUUACUCAUACAAAGACAUUGUGUAUGUAUAUUUACACACACAAGUAAGGGUCAACCGCUUUCGUGAUACAAAACAUAUGACGCGCAUAUAAACAGAUAUGACGCGUAAACAAUAUUUUUUUCAAAAUGAGAGACAGUGUGUUUUUUCUUUUAAAAAAAGUCAUUCUUUCUCACUUAUUUUAAAUGUUUCUACAGUUUGCGUAAGUCAACUUUGCAUUUCUGGAGUUACAAAUUGUUAAUAUUUUUUUUUUACUAUUGUAAAGUCAAUAGUAGCCAACUUCGGACAAGCAAAGCUUAUCGACAAUAUAUGUACGAACAAAUGCGUUCGAAGUCAAUUGGCUAACUUCACAAAUGCAAAGUUAUUUGACGAACUGUACCAGUACUUAUGUACUUGUACCAAAAAGUGGUAAAACAGACUUAAAAAUAUAAUAAAAAUGAGAAAUGUGAAUGAUUGAAAAUAAAAUGGACGAGGAGUCAAAAUUGUAUGAACAUUUUUUCAAUUAAAUAAAUAUAAUAAUAAAAUUGUGCAUUAUAAAUUAUUAUGGUUUAUUAUAAAAGGCUUAAUUGGCAUAAUAGUUAUGUUUUAUCGUUAAAUUGGUUAGUUGGGUAGGGUGGGUUCACACUUGCGAUUGGUCGACAAUGACUUUUUAUAAUUUUUCAAUUUUAUUUUAUGACAACUUCGAGUAAACCUUUCAAACGCAAGCAUAAUUUUAUUGUUUGUUUAAGGCUUAGUUGUUAUAGAAACACAAAUUUUUAAACUUAAAUAGCAAUGGUAAACCUUUUGAGAAAUGGAUAUUAUGUCCUAGUAUUUUUUCGCAAAAAUAUUAUCACAAAAUUACUGAAUUAUUUUCUACAGUAUUAUGUAAUGUUUUGGAAAUAAAUGUUGUUUGUAAAAGUGACAGAAAUUGACUGUUCUCUCACAAAAUAAAUUUCCAGAAGACAUUCAUAUUUUCUGGUCGUCGACUUUUCGCAAGUGAGUAUAAAAUGUUAUGUUAAGGCGUCAGUCAUGCGAUGGAUAAUACUCAAAAUAUUGUUUCCUAUAUAUUUUUUAUGUCUACGAGUAUGUUAGCAUUUCUCACUGUAUAGUUUUUUUGGUUCUAAACUAAGAAACAAUGUCAGAUAUUACACGCGUUGUGAUUUAUUCAAACUCUUUCAAAACAGCGACGACUUUUUUUGUUAACUUUUUUGUCGUGAAUGUUUGCGACUAAAAAUCGCAGCGUGUGUGCGAGGCUUUAUUUAACGCAAGUUUAGAACCAAAGCUUAGGAUAGCAUUAACAUUAUUAUAUUGUGGUUUAAUUUUAUUUUGGUAUAGGUUUACCAAAGAAUAUUUUUUUUUAAUUCCUACUACCCCCUUUUUUAGAUAGAAUGGUGAUAUUUAAGUACAAUUUUGCCAUAGUCAAUGGAUUCUUGUAAAGCUAUGGUCGAAAGAUUUAUUUUGUAACGUUUUUUUUAUUAAGUAGACAUUUUUUGAAACGAUCAAUUAUUUUUUUAGAUUUAAAUGUAAAUAAUAGCGAUUUUUUUAGUUUAAUUGAUAUUUAUUUGUACACUCCAAUAAAAUCUUGCCGUCAUUGUUUUUCAGUAUUUUUUAAAAUCGGAAAGUGAAUAAAAAAAAUUGGGAAAAAGGCCAGCGCAACAUUGCGACUAGUCGUAAGCUGUUUUCAUGCGACUAGUCGCAAGUUUGCGUGGAGCCUAAUCGGCCGGUGCUAAAUUGUACCACGUGAUUCUGUCUUCACAAUUUGUGCAAUUUUUACUAAACGACGUACGUUUGUCUUAUUAUUAAAUAAAUAAUGUAAAUAUUUGAUGAUGCUGGUUGUUCUAAAGUUAUUUUUGAGGUUGAGAACAUACGUAAACACCAUGGUUUUAUGUCAUUGACGUUUGAUUGUUUUGUGUAUCUGUAAAAUUCUGACACAUUUGUACUUAUUUCUACCAGACCGCCGGAUUUUUAUCGAGUCCCGGAUUUUUUAAAGGCGACACUUUGAAGCCCUUUUGAGACAACUUUAAUGACAUGUUGACACAAAACCAACGAUUAUUCCGGCGUACUUGGUGUGUCGUUACAAAAGUAAUUUCUGCAUUCAGUAAUUUCAAGAAUCAAUUUCAUUGAUUUAAUCAUUCAUGUGUAUUUAAUUUAAUAAACACAAAAAUCAUUCAUUUUUUAAACUAAUAAUAUCAAUACAAAUUCGCGUGGCAGUGAAUAAAUCCUGAUUUUCAAACUUGAUCUUUAUUCCCUUAACACUAGAGUCGAUAAUCCCUCAAAAGAACUUUAGAACAGGCACUUACACGUAAGUAAUACGAUAGUUCGCAAUCUAAGGCUUGAGGUAAUCAGAUGUAUUACACACUAUUAAUAUUAAUAAUAACAUUAUUACGUAGAAAACAUUUGUGUAAAUCCAACAAAUUUCAUGUGUGAUGUCACCUUUAUAAACUGGAUUCGUAUCAGAAAUUCGUUUCAAGGAUUUUUAUGACGAAGGGAUGUAGCUACUCGGAAUAGUGGAAACAGACAAAAUUAAUAGGUGGGGUGGGAGGAAGUUUACUUCGUAAUAUAGAAAUCUCUCUAUAUUUAAAUUUUGACCGAUUUUUCAAUCCUCUGUUACUGUUACAGCCUUUUUAUCGACCCUCUGCUGGGCCCAGGCCUCCUCUCACACUGAGAAGGAGUGUCAAACAUGUUCAUAUUAUAAUUAAGUUAUCAAGUGAUUGAAAAAUCAGCCCUUAUUACAUAAAUAAAUUUUUCAAUUCAGUACCUCAAACAUGUAGGUUUUGCUGGUUAACAACAGUAAGCAAAAGCGACUUUUACCCACUUCUGAGACAAAGUAUGGCCUUCUAGGAUAAGGAUUCUUCUCUGGAGAGGAUUCUUCUAGAAUCACUCACUAGGUCACUUGAUGAGGAUUCAAAAUUUGGACCCGCAGCUUUGCUUGUAACAAAAAUAAAUAUUUUACCCUUCCUCCAUAAGGAGGGUUAUGUUUUACGUAACUUUUUAGAAAACUGUUCUUAGGAUUGUAUCCUUAAAACGUUAAUUUAUUUGUGAUUCCUAUAUUUAUUGUUAUUAACAUUAGGAAUUUAAAAUAAAGGUAAAUAAUCUUCAAUUAUUAACAUAAUUUAUGGGAACUAUAUUUUUUGUCACCAAAAUUUAUACACUCUUUUGCAAAAAAAGCGGGCACCUAUGCGAAAGCUUAGUUUUAAGGACUUUACGUGUAUUUCAAAGGGUUUUAAUGAUUGUAGUAUAUUUCUAGCAUCAAAAGGGUUAGCCGAGCAUGCGUGAGAGUGUAUUCUAAAUUUGAAUUUUGUACAAUUGCUAAGAAAUUGGUUAAACCUUGUUUUGGACUAAUUGCUGGCAGAAAGUUCGUCGGUGUUUUGAAAAGUUUUUGAAGUGAUUUUCAGAAAACUGAUAAUGCAGUUUUAAUUAAUGAUUAAUGUACCUUUUUGUUAGAUAAAAUUUUUUUGAAAAACUAUGCGUAUUUGAUAAAAUUUUCACCUGCUCUAAAUGGGCUAUACUGAUGAUUGAUAGCAAUGUUAAGAGUUUCGGUAUUUUAGUGUAAAGCGUUCUUCUGUUUAGAUAUUAUACCCACGUGUUUUAAAAUAUCGCUUUUUCAUAAUUAAACACUAUUUAGAGGAGUAUCAGUACAUUGGGCUGCGACAAAACCAAUUUAAAGUAAGCAGUGCCGAUCACAACUCGUCUCCUUUUGGAGUUUAACAUUUUUUUAAAUCUUGAAAUUCUACAAAAUACAGAAAAUAGCGCAUAGACUGUGAGCACGAGAUCUUAAGGUCUCGUAAUCACUGAUUUUCAAAUAACCUCGUCUCUUGGGAAACUCCGUAGACCUCCGAAGAUCUAUGAGUCUGAGCGUUCAAAUAGCGUGUUUUCAUCCCACUGACAUUUUAUUAAAUAAACUUGCCUGUACCGAGAUUUCCUAGCAUCUACAGCACUAUCCUGCUUAAAUCGUAACAAUAAUUGGCUAUCUGCUCUUUUUUUAAGAAACAUACGUUUGGUCAAUACUUUUGAAUUCUUGACUCCCUUUCAGCGAAAUCAUCGUUUAGUAACCCGAUACCUAUGGAGUUAUAGAAAGCUUCAACGCGGCAAUAAUUAGACUUUUUAGAUAGCUUAAACCCUCCUCAUCAUUUUUCAUGUGGUUAAUUUUAACAUUUAUCACAAAAUUUGGUAUUUUUUAAUUUCAAAGUCCGAUAGGAGACGAGUAGCGAUCGGCACUGCUUACUUUAAAUUGGUUUUGUCGCAGCCCAAUGUACUGAUACUCCUCUAAAUAGUGUUUAAUUAUGAAAAAGCGAUAUUUUAAAACACGUGGGUAUAAUAUCUAAACAGAAGAACGCUUUACACUAAAAUACCGAAACUCUUAACAUUGCCAUCAAUCAUCAGUAUAGCCCAUUUAGAGCAGGUGAAAAUUUUAUCAAAAACGCAUAGUUUUUCAAAAAAUUUUUAUCUAACAAAAAGGUACAUUAAUCAUUAAUUAAAACUGCAUUAUCAGUUUUCUGAAAAUCACUUCAAAAACUUUUCAAAACACCGACGAACUUUUUGCCAGCAAUUAGUCCAAAACAAGGUUUAACCAAUUUCCUAGCAAUUGUACAAAAUUCAAAUUUAGAAUACACUCUCACGCAUGCUUGGCUAACCCUUUUGAUGCUAGAAACAUACUACAAUCAUUAAAACCUUUUAAAAUACACGUAAAGUCCUUAAAACUAAGAUUUCGCAUAGGUGCCCGCUUUUUUUGCAAAAGAGUUUAUCUGUCAUCAAGUUGUAUCACCUAAUAAAUAGAUCUAUCGCCACGAAAUAUUUUCGUUCUCAGAUAAACAAAGAGUGUUCCCAGGUAUGAAUUACCAAAUUAUUGUUAAUAUAAUGUGUAAAAUAUGAGAUGGAUUACCAAUAAAAUUGUAGUGCCAUUACAUGAAUAUAAACUUCGUCCUUAUAAUAAUAGUUUUAUUACUGAAAUAAUAGCUUGGUGCUCAAAAUGGUAGAUCUGUCACCAAAUAAAUCGAUUAAUCGAUCCCAGACUGCGACUCCUUUUUAUUUGUUAUUUUGUCACCAAUACAGUAGUUACAUUUUAUUUCGUUCAGUUAUUAAAAUAAUGUAUUCGUUACCAAUUUAAUACAUCAGUUUAUAAUUUUAAUGAAAAUAUGUUCAAAGGGAAGAGGAAGGGAAGGGAGAGUGAUUUUGAUGACUACAAAGUUCAAUGGUUCAGCAAAUGAAGAGUGGGUCAACCGCACAAUAUUGUUUGGAUACAUGAAAAUGCAACUGCCCUGCGUUUUACAAAAAUUAUAUGUGCAAGCAUAUUAUCGGAUUAGUCAUACGCUUAAAGCUGGCCAACCCCCCACCAGAAAAUUUACUUAUCGGCCAGAAAAUGAAAAGGGGGCGCCCUUCAAAAUCCAAACCUGCGCUGAUUAUUCAGUGAUUGUUAUUUUUAACAAUGAAUAUUGAUUAUUUUGACUUUAAUUGUUUUAUUUACUAUUCAGCUAGAAAUUUAAUUAAAAUAUAUUUAUACUACCUGUGGAAAUUAAGACCCUUGGGGGAGGCACAUGGCCAGUUAAGUAGUAGACUCUUUUGGUUGAAAGGAUGAUGAUGUACCACCAUACAUUUUUAGACCUUCAUGAAAUGUUCUAGUGAUAUAAUAUAUGAUUUAUUGGUGAUCUCUUUAACUUAGUUUGCUUAAAUACUUUUAGGACAAACCUAUUAUAAUACAUACAAAACCAUUCAUUUGGUACUUGACCCCAUAUCUCCGUGAUUUUCGGUAAUUUAUUGUGGAAUUGAUUUUAUAUUGAUUGGUGAUACAUUUUGGUGACAAAUCUACUAUUUUGAGGGCAAACCCUAUUAUUUAAGAAACACAAAAUGAAUUAAAUUGGUGACAGCUUAAAUCAUACCCAUAAUUUAUUAUGAAUAUUAUUUGUAAUUUCUGAUACAAAUCCAGUUUACUAUACAAAGUCAACGUAACUUUAUAUACCGUGGUAGAUUUUGGUGUGUUUCUUUAUAACACGCGGAUUACACACAUUUCACACUCUGGCCAAUAAAUAACAAACCUAAUUAUUGUAUUUAUCAUAUUGGGACGGCAUAAAAUUUUUGUUACAGGAUAUUCAACCUUAUUCUAUAGGAAUAAUUUCUCUUUUUUCUGCCUGUCUAUUAAAAUUCCUUUAUGAAUUUAUCUAAACUCCAUUUGAGUAGGCAUUAAAUAAAGGUAAACAAUCUUAGUAGGUACGACUUUUGAAACUAAUACAUAUUAAACAAAUAAACUGCUGAUUAAAGUAAUGAUUGAAUUAAUAAGGUAUUAUGGUAUUUAGAUAGAUUUUUAACAACAUUUUAUUAUUUUCAAACUGAGUCUGAUGUAAAAUUCAACAUUUCAUGUCCCCAGCCUUUUUACAACUAUGUUUUGGGGUCGGCCUUCAACCCAGUUACCCAGGCAACCCUUUUAAAGACUGGAUGUCAAGCUUUCUGGCUUCUAAUAUAAAUAUGUGCAUAAGACAACCCGGACAUCUUUGGUUAAAUAUGCUCUCAAAUGGAGUAUGUAUCUAUUUCUUUGUUCAGCUACGUAAUUAUCAGUGUAUAAUGUGUGUAUUCCGUGUAAUAGAGUAGGUAUACACGGUAGUCAGCGCAAGUAUUGUAAGCCACGCCAUAUUUGUCUGUACUCGACGACGCUACUAUAUCAAAUAUCGACUAAUAAAAUAAAGUGAUAUUGUCAAAUU